CAUACGGACCGUCCCCAGCAUCCCGACUACGCACUGCAGAUUACCACGCCCUCUAUUGACGGCUUGAAAAAUGGCAGAUGACCGGAGCGGCGCCUCUUUCAAAGUGGAAACAGUCCAAAAGUUGCUACAGAGUACCUUUCAGGAUGACAAGACAAAGAUCAGCAAAGAUGCCUUGCGGUUGAUGGUUGAGAUGUUGAGAGUCUUUGCAGCAGAGGGUGCUGCUAGGGCAGCCCAGCAGGCCAAAUCAGAGUCAAGCACAAUCGUGGAGCCCAGACAUUUUGAAAAGGUCUUACCCCAGUUGCUUCUGGAUUUUUGAGCAAAGAUCUGCCCUGUCAACUAGAAAUACUCUGGGAAGAUUCUCCAUUGUUUUACGAUCCAAACAGGAAAUGCAUCUCUCCCUUCUUGAUCUCCAUGCAUCUGAUGGCCGUCCAACUCUCUUGCCUCAAAACAAAACGGAUGAAUAAGCUUUAAGUCCCGAUUCCAAUUGGCCAGUACUGGGCUAUUAGUAUUCAUAAUCUCACUCCAAGACAAUAAAACUGGUGUUCUUAGUAGGAAUUCCCCACUUUUUCUGAUGAGCUUUACAGUGAAAAGUUUGUAAUUAUCUUUAUCCCCGAUCGACAUUGCAGCACUGUGUGAAGAGAGUAUGACUUGAGUAUGUAAUCAAUGGCGUAGCUAGGAUUCUACUAGUGGGGGGCACAACGGGGCACCAGCAUCUUAUGGGGGUGCACCAGCAUCUUAUGGGGGUGCACCAGCAUCUUAUGGGGGUGCACCAGCAUCUUAUGGGGGUGCACCAGCUUUCAUUGAUGUGUGUUUUUAGGGCAAGCUUUUGUUAUAGCCUUGUUAAGUAUCCAUUUGUCAAUUUUUUAGUGGGAGUGGGGCACCUGGAGGGCACUGGGAAUGUGUGGGGGGCAUGUGCCCCCCUCGUGGCUAUGCCCCUCCUCUAUGUAAUCAAAGGGAAACAGAUUAUUGUGUUGCAGGUGCAUUGUACACUUCUUCCAUUAGCCUUGUAGAAGCAUGGCAGACACAACAGGAGAUCACUAUUUGAAGUGGGUAUAUUUGGAGCAAACAAAAGAUUUUACCUGAACCAACUUGCUCCCAGUAUUUUGUCCGCUAUGCUUCUAAAAGGCUAAUUAAUAGAGUUGUGCAUAAAAUGCCCUGCCCAUCCAAACUCACGACGCAUUGUGAACUUUAAUUAUUUUAAUUAAAUGAUAGGUGUUUACAACUUGUAAUACCUUAUAAAACAAAUUACCAAAAAGCACGGUGUGGGUGAUAUGAAUGUGUACAUUUUUAAUGAAUAGAAUCGGAAUAAAAACUCUUCGUUGUUUCAUGAGUCAUUUUAA